UCUCUCUCUCUUUCCCUGAUUGUCAUCUUCUUCUCAGCCAGUUGUUUUUCUCGCCACUCAUUCGUCCAUGUUUGAAAUACCCAAAGAUGGGUAGAUUCUCCCUCCCCAUCGUUCCGUGCCCGCGAUGAGUUCUAAGAACAGCAAAGCUCGUUCCUCUCUAGACUGACAGCGACACUCUGUCGUUGGCCCUUCAAAAAGUUCCCGUCUUUUAUUCCACAUUUCCGGAGGGUCUCCUUUAGUUUGACAUUCUCCCUCUCUCUAGAGCAUAGAACGCGUGACCCUCUUCUUGUUUCAGUUGGAGCGUUGUAUGCAACUCUCUGUCUCUGUUCCUGUCUCUGUCUCUGUCUCUCUCUGGGGUGGAAGGGUCUUUCUUUCCCAUUGGAAUCCGCUGCCGGACGGUAGCAAAGUUCCUUCCUUUAUCGGUUUCUUUGUAGAAAGGGAAGGAAAGACUUUGGGUUGGUUUGUGGCAUUGUUUGCUGCAGUGUAAGCUGAUGGCAUCAUCAUUUGCCAAUUUUCUCGUGUCGCCUCCAUUGGUGCCGGGCUCGGAAUUAGUUAGGCCUCGUUUCCGGGUCCUAGCUAGGAAUGCUCCUGGCGGAGCCGACCAGGCGGUCUCAUCGCUCGAGCCGGUCGCACUUAAUGGGACCCCUCCUGCUCCUACCCCGGUGGCGCAUAAGGAAGAAAGAAGUUUUGAGUCCGUGGUAGGAGGGAACGGGCGUUUCGGUCUGGCAUUCGAGGUCGAGGAGGAGAAGAGGAAGGAACAACCGAGAAGGUUCGAUGAUGGUAUGGGUGUGGAUAAGUUGGAGAUUCUGUGGGAUGAUGGGUAUGGGAGUGUGACCAUUAAGGAUUAUCUCGAUGCCUCUAAGGAGAUACUAAAGCCCGAUGGAGGCCCACCCCGAUGGUUUUGCCCAGUUGAGUGUGGUCAGCCCUUGAAGGAUUCUCCAGUCCUUUUGUUUUUGCCCGGUCUUGAUGGCAUGGGAAUGGGCCUCAUUUUGCACCAUAAAGCACUUGGGAGGGUCUUUGAGGUCCGAUGCUUGCAUAUUCCUGUUCAAGAUCGGACACCAUUUGAAGGACUCGUGAAGCUAGUCGAGGAGACUGUGAGACUAGAGCAUGCUAUUUCUCCAAAGAAGCCCAUCUAUCUGGUCGGGGAUUCCUUUGGAGGAUGCCUUGCUCUUGCUAUCGCUGCUCGUAACCCUUCCAUCGACUUGGUAGUAAUACUAGCCAAUCCAGCUACGUCAUUUGGGCAGUCGCAGCUGCAACCUCUGUUGCCUGUGUUGGAGGCUUUGCCCGAUGAGCUCCACUUCACCAUUCCCUAUCUCCUUAGCUUUGUAAUGGGUGAUCCCAUGAAGAUGGCAAUGGUCAACAUAGAUAAUAAAAUUCCCCCUAGACUUCAACUGGAACAGUUAUCAGGCAAUCUCACCGCUUUACUGCCCCGACUCUCUACGCUAAUUGACAUCAUACCCAAAGGAACUCUUCUCUGGAAACUCAAAUUGCUCAAGUCAGCUGCUUCUUAUGCUAAUUCUCGACUUCAUGCCAUCAGAGCAGAAGUUCUCGUGCUUGCUAGUGGGAAGGAUAACAUGAUUCCGAGUAGGGAAGAAGGUCAGCGGCUUGUAAAAUCAAUACGAAACUGUAGAGUUCGGCACUUUAAAGACAAUGGACAUACUCUCUUAAUGGAAGAAGGCAUUAACUUGCUGACAGUCAUUAAAGGUACUUGCACAUACCGGCGUUCAAGGAGGCACGAUUACAUCUCUGAUUUCCUGCCCCCCAGUAUGUGGGAAUUCAAAACCGGAUUCGAGCAGAUAAUCGGGCUAUUCCGUUAUGCUUGUAGUUCUAUACUCUACUCAACUUUAGAGGACGGGACGAUUGUGAAAGGUCUAUCUGGGGUCCCAUCAAAAGGUCCAGUGUUGUUAGUGGGUUAUCAUAUGUUAAUGGGCUUUGAGCUCUAUUCUCUGGUUGAAGAAUUUCUACGGGAGAAGAACGUUCUUGUGAGGGGUGUAGCCCAUCCGGAGCUGUUCAUGGGGAGCAUGGAAAGCCCAACUUCAGAAUUUUCCUUGCCCGAUUGGUUGAAAGUUUUUGGAGCUGUCCCUGUAACAGCGAGUAGCCUCUACAAAUUGCUCGCGACAAACUCUCAUGCUCUACUUUACCCUGGUGGUUCACGCGAGGCUCUCCAUUAUAAGGGUGAAGAGUACAAGGUUAUAUGGCCUGAUCAACCAGAAUUCGUGAGAAUGGCUGCUCGAUUUGGGGCCACUAUUGUACCAUUUGGAGCUAUUGGCGAGGACGACAUCGUAGAAUAUGUCCUUGAUUACAAUGAUAUGAUGAAGAUUCCUUUUCUUAAUGACUACAUCAGGGAAUUAACUCAGAAGACAAUAAGAGUGAGGGACAGUGGGAGUGGUGAAGUAGCUAACGAUCAGCUUUUCCUUCCGGGGAUUUUGCCAAAAGUACCGGGAAGGAUGUACUAUUUGUUCGGGAAGCCCAUUGAGAUUCGUGGAAGAGAGGAAAUACUCAUGGACAAGAAGAACGCCUCUGAGCUCUACUUCCAGAUAAAGUCCGAAGUCGAACGUAGCAUGGCUUAUUUGAUCAAGAAGCGAGAGGAGGAUCCUUACAGAAACAUAUUUGAUCGAGUCACUUAUCGGGUCCUCCAUUCUCCAAGCAAUGAGAUCCCAGGAUUCAAGCCAUGAACAAGGGUAACCCAUCGAAUAUACAAAUACUAAUUAGACAAGACAGCAUUUCUUUUGCAACAAGUAAACGGGCAUUCAUAGUGGAAAUAUGUAAAGGUUGUGGGUUGUACAUCAUUUUUACUGUAAUUUUGUCUUUAGAAAUGAGUCGCUCCCCGUAAAGCCUUUUACUCCAAUAGAUUUCCCGAUUUCUUUCUGUACUCUGUAUUUCUCGGAUUUUACAUAUAAGAUCGUUGAAGAUAACAAUGAUGUAAUCUUCGAAGUUGUAUCCCUUGAUAAAGCCAUAAUUCAUGCUUUAGUGCAA